AUGAGACGAAGGAGCUGCACAUGCCCCCACCCCUGGUUCAGCUCCCCCUUGUGGAGAUCCUCGGGGAAGGGGGGCAGGAAGGCUAAGUCACUGGCCUCCAUCCAGCAUCAGAGAUGGCACUUCUGUGGUGUGCCCUGGACCACACGCUCUGUGCUGACAGCAGCCAGCUGCUUCCAGAGCCGGAACCCCAGAAUCGCCACCGUGGUGCUGGGGGCCUAUGACCUGAGGCAUCGAGAGAGUUCCAGGCAAACAUUCUCCAUCAGGAGCAUCUCUGGGCCCCAUGAGAGUGAGGCCACCUUCACCAGCAGUGUGGCACUGGUACUGCUGCCCUAGCAGAACGCCAUGGUGGACGCCAACCCCAGCUUCCAGGUGGCAGGCUGGGGACUUAUCUCCAGUUUCCCAAGGGUCCCCAGUGCCACCAUGACCCCCUUGGACCAGUGUCACCCCAACAAUGUGUGCACUGGCAUUUUUACCUGCUGGGGUGGCAUCUUCCAGUGGGUGCCCCUCGUCUCUAAUGGUCUGGCAUGUGGUGUAGCCCCCUCGAUGGAGCCUUGUGGCAGGGACCCCAACUUCUUCACUGGAGUGGCAUGCUUCCAAGACUGGAUACUGGCCCUAGCCGGUUUGGCUUAG